GGUUAUAAAAUGACUUCACCGAUUAAACCUAUCGACAACUUUUUGGUCUCCUCUACACCGCAUCCUCUUCAGAUGAUUAGUAAAAGUGGUGUAAAACAGAGUGAAUCGAGGAGUGUUAAUCUUACACAUGAUAUGAAGACUGAUGGUACAACGUUAAUUCAAGAUAUGGAUAUAUUUCAAUUUAAAGUCAAAGGUGAAGAAAAUGAAAGCUAUAUGACUAAUCUAGAAGAUAUUCGAUGCUUGGAUUGGACGUCUAAACGUGCCAGUUAUUUAUUUGACUUGUUAACACGGCCUCCUUUGCUUUUUUCACCCAGCAUGGGAAUUAGUCUUUCAUUCAAAAAAGAUUCACAAAGAAGUGGUUUACAGCUUUUACCUUUAAACAAGCGUAAUCGUCCAAUUAAUCCCGAUCCAUGUCUACUAUCCAUUGAUGGUCUUUUAGACUGUCUUUUUGUCACAAAUUCAUUGGUUGAUCAAAUAUAUCACGAUUGUAUGGAGAAUGCAGAUGAUCGGGGAUCAGAUGAGUAUGAACAGUCACCCACUAUCUUGGCUGCGAAAUUCUUUCGCAGAAGAGUAAAACCCAUCAUCUCACGGUUAUCAGAACUUCGGCUUAAAUUAUCAGACUUUAAACUUGGCGCAUGUGUUGGUAGAGGAGCGUGUGGCAUUGUUCGCGUAGUGCGCGAAGUGUCACCUCCUCAUUCUAUAUAUGCAAUGAAAUCGCAGUUUAAAGGAGCUUGGCUACAUCAUGACCCGGAGGGAUCUCAGAUACUACUUGAGAGAACUGUGUUAGCUCAAGCAACUGCCAUCGGAAAUCCAUGGCUUCCACACCUUCAUUAUGCAUUUCAAGACGAAAAGUAUUUACACCUCGUCAUGGAUUACGAACCUGGUGGUGACCUAUAUAUAUUUUUAAGCAAAGUUGGUCACUUAUUGGAUGCAAAGAUGGUACAGUUUUAUGCCGCUGAAGCCGUAGAGGCUAUUCAUUCUCUGCAUCGAAUGGGUUACAUUCACUGUGACCUGAAGCCCGAAAAUUUCGCAAUUGAAAGAAGUGGUCAUUUGAAAUUAAUUGAUUUCGGGUCAGCUAUCAGACUUGACGCAGAUGGGAAGUGUAUAUGUCCUACAAUGGUUGGGACAAAAGAAUACUUAAAUAUUGAAUUAUUAAGACAACGGGGACGGCACAAUCAAGAACCAUUACUUGUCGGUCCAGAAUUUGAUUACUGGGCUAUUGGUGUAUUGUUGUAUGAAUUAUUCUACGGUCAAACACCAUUCUACGAUGAAGAUGACGACAAAAUGAUGCAGAAGAUUAUGGACUAUGGGAAAACGCUGAAAUUCCCACCAUCAUCAGAGAUAACAGAAUCAGCCAUUGAUUUGAUUAAAUCAUUGAUUAUUACCCCAUCGAAACGGCUAACUUAUGAAGAUGUUGUUAUGCAUACAUUUUUCAAAGAUGUCGACUUCACAACACUAAGAGAAGUUAUACCUCCGUAUUUACCUCCAGUUGGAGAACUUGAUGAUGUUUCGAAUUUCUCUGGUGGGGGUUCACGUACCCGUGAUGAAGCUAUAAUGGAUGUUUCUACAAACAAAACCUUUUCCCCUGUUCGUUUCACUAAGUCAUCAUCAGUCCACGAUGGAUGUGCUGCCCAGUGUGCAACUUUAGACAAUGAUGAUAAUGAAGUCGAUGAGACUGUUUUAGACAGACGUGCAGUCAAGAGUAUUCCAGAUGAUGAAAAUCAAGAGAAUAUUAAUCCAGAGAAAUCCUUAAGAUCUACAGAAGAGGCAAAAAGACAAGCGAUUCAAGAAGCUGCAGCUGUACCCAUAAAUGAGGAAAUGGAAGAGAUUGAGGAUAUUGAAUGGCAAGGUUCUGAAUGUGUCAGAGAUUUGCCAUUCCUCGGAUAUACAUAUACACCUGGAUUAGUGUUAUUUGGCAAUCUUACCAAAAAGCAGACUCCUCUGUCGAUAGCUGCUGCCAAUGUUGGUACUUCGUUCGUUGUUAAUCUAAG